ACCCUCUUGAAGGAGCCUCGAUCAUCGCUUUGGAAUGUUUUCUCUGAGCCUGUGGAGGGACAUACUAACAUCCGUUGGCUCUAGUAUUGGUGCUCUCAUAAUCCUCCGUACUCUUGACGGUAAGUGCCAGUGGAACAACUUAUGAUUAGCGGCGUGACUUCCCCUCGAGUUCCGCCAGAAUUGAGCGAUCAAAUCAUCGCGCACCUUAACGGAGAUACAUCUGCCCUCUCAGCGUGUGGACUCGUAUGCAGGAACUGGCUUCCUGCUGUACGUCACCACCGUUUUGAUUCUGUUGUCCUGCAAUACCCUGAGGUCGAAGACUUCCUACAUCUUUUGGACCAGUCUCCGGAAAUAGGCCGAUUCGUCACAUCUCUAUCAUGCCGUUCAAAAAGGCUCUCCUGGACUAGGCGUGGCAUAACGUCUAAGGUCGUUCGCGAUCUUUCUUGCAUCGUGGAGAAGCUUACAUACAUAACGAAAUUGGGGUUGUGCGGCUUCAUCGCCAGUGAAGCUACACUUCGGGAACCUCUGGCCAGGUUCUCGGUGGUCCUAUCAAACUCUUCGGUGAAAGCAUUACAUUUCACGACCUGUAAUGCGUCUUUCGGUUUCUUGUCCAUACUAGUAGCGUCCUGUCCCUUGCUGGAAACACUUGUUAUAGAGAUGGCAAGCAUACGGCUAUCCAAGCGUGAUAACAUGAUGGUAUCCAAUAGGCGACAUCUCCAAUCUCUCAGCCUCACACAGAUGACAAACACUAAUCCUGCCGGAUUUUUGGAUUGGAUUACUGGCGAUCUGGCUGAUUUUCGCCUUCCCAACCUGUCCAUAGGGGUGUGGGAUGCGAAUGAUGCUCCGCUCGCGGCUGCUGCCUUACAAAGGUUCAAUCACUCGAUGUCGGAGUUCCAUUUAACUGUCAACGCCGACGCCAGUCUUCCACAGCUCUUCGGCAACGUUGACCUUGAACUCGAGAAAUGUCAACAAUUACAGCAUUGUCGUUUGACUUUCCACCUUCGCGAGAUGUUCGUGGCCGAGAACCAAUCGUUACCCUGGAUACACGACUUGAUUGCGCGAUUGUCCUCUCCUGUGCUUGAAACCAUCGAGAUAUCCGUAUUUGCGGACCCUAUGACGGAUCUUAGGGCACUUGACUCAGAGUGUGGGACUAGGUCAUUGGACAAAGUAUCUUUUGAUGCAAUGGAUGCGCUGGAUUGGAGGAGAUUAGAGUGCAUAUUCACUAGCAGUAUACUGGGUUCUCUGCGGAAGGUCGUGUUGGUCGGACAGGGAGACCCAUCUGGAAUGCGAACCUUCCUCGCAGAGUCGCAUCCAGCAUUACAAUGCAUUAUACACUUUAGAUAAACAUAUCUGACCGGGGCCCAACAAGAGAAUACCCCAAUAAACGUCAAGUUCAACGGUCAUCAGAGAAACUUGACAGUCCUGUUUGC